AUGAAGGAGGUGGCUAGCACUUCAAAUCGACCGGCACCAAAGACAAUUUUACAGUCAUUUGCAAAGACACCCAUCAGUGCUCCUCCAAAAUCUACGAAGCAGAUGAAGCAAACUGACGAACCCACCGCCGCACUUUCCGAUGAUGGAGAGCCUGAUGACACCGACAUCCUAUCUUCCAAAUCCAGCUUGGCGUUGCAUUCCAAGGCGAAGUCGCGCAAGGAUAGAGAAGACGCCUUAAGGCGCAUGAUGGAGGAGCAGGAGGAGAAGGAAGAAGAAGAAGAGGAAGAAGAAGAGGGAAACAAGCGUGAAGUGAUUGAGUUCGCUUCCAACAUGGAAGCGGAUGAAAACCCGGAGUCCGAGUCUUUAACAGAUGCAGAGCCCGAAUCAGGGAUCCCCUUGACAGCACAGGCCGACAAGGAACCUUCAGAGACAAUUUCUAAUUCCGGAAAUGGCCGGAGAAGAGGCAAGCGUCGAGUGCUGAAGAAGAAACGAAUCUUGGAUGAUCAAGGAUACAUGGUCACGAUUCAAGAACCGGGGUGGGAGUCCUUUUCUGAGGAUGAUAUCACUCCGCCAGCGAAAAAGCCCACACCGCCGCUAAUGCCAUCAUCGUCCAUGAAGGCAAAGAAAACAUCAACAAAAGGCUCCCAAGGCAGUAUCAUGUCAUUUUUUGCAAAGAAAUAA